CAUUCUCAUCCAUGGCACCCCUCGUCAGCAUCACCGACACGCUGGCCGUCAAGCCCGUCGACAGCGUCAACGGCUUUGACGCGUUCAAGAGCACGCGGCUGUGGACGCCGGCGGGCGCGCGCGGCGUGUUUGGCGGCCAGGUCAUCGCGCAGAGCUUGCAGGCGGCGAGCAAGACGGUCGUUGGCAAGGAGCUGCACUCGCAGCAUUGCUACUUCAUGCUGCCCGCAAACUCGACCGUGCCGAUCACGUACAUUGUUGAGCGGCUGCGCGAUGGUGGAUCGUACGCGACUCGCCUAGUGCACGCGCAGCAGGAGGGCAAGACGGUCUUUAUCCUGACAGCGAGCUACUCGGCGCCGGCCAAGCCGCUGCCCAAGCUUGCGCCGGUGACGACGCCCGCGACCGAGGCGGACAGCAGCGCGCACAUCAAGGAGGCGGACGCGAAGGACGACCCGACAAUCACGGGCACGGUCAAGUUCGACUUUGGCAAGGCGUCCGCGGGCGCCGUGAGCAAGAACGUGCGCUUCGAUGUGCCGCACCCCGGCAACUCGGCGCUCCCGCGCAACGUCAUGGCCGACGCCGCUGCCGACGAGGCGCUCGCUGCGCGCCCCGCCCCGCGCCCCUUUGCCGAGCGAUACCAGAUCCCCUGGCCCAAGGAUAUCAAGGCGUGGAAGGACGCCACGGUCGAGGAGGACAUGUGGGCCAACUUCCUCCGCGCCGCAGAGUUUAGGGGGUUGAAGCUUGGUUCGAGGGCGCGCGCCGUGCAGAACUACAUCAAUGAGCGCCGCCAGUCUCCCAUCCAGAUCGCCAUCGCAAGGCAGCAGUCGGGCGAGUACGGCACAUCUCGCGCCAUCUGGCUCAAGCCCCUCCUCGAGAAGGACGAGGUGCUGGACGUCAACACGAUUCGGGCGCUCUUCGGCUUCAUGACCGACUUCCAGUUCAUUGGCACGGCAGGUGUCACCGUCGGCCUGUCUGGCAUGUCCAAGCCACGCCUCGGCAUGAUGGCGUCGCUCGACCACACGAUGCACUACUACCCCCUCCCACCCGACUUUGACAUCACCCGCCCGCUCCUGCACAUCAUGGAGGCUGUGGCGGUCGAUGUGCCCUCAGGCCGUGGCACGGUCCGCGGGCUGCUGUACACUGACACGGGAUAUCUCGUGGCCACAACCGAGCAGGAGGGCGUGGUGCGCGCUAGCUUUGGCAAGGACCAGCGGCCUACUACCGAGGCUGCGCGCCUCCAGGGCAAGUUGUAGACGGACUCGUUGGAUUGUACUUGGUGUCAUGUAGUGCAUUGUUUUGUGGGGGAGGGGCGUGAGUGUCGG